AUGGCGGCCGCGGCUUGCGGUCCACGCUGUAGUACAGGUACAAACGCGACUAAAUCGCAUAAAGUACAGCUUAGGAAAAGUAAAGACUCGCGUCGGAGGCAAGCGGCGUUAUUGUUCUUAACCAAUAUAUCAUUAGAUGGGAAACCGGUAUAUCCUUUGAACAAUGGUAACCAGUGCCAGAGAGCCACAGAGCAGCGAAGUCAGGACGCCGGAGCGGUGGUCGGACCGUUGUCGACAACCAGCAGCUACGGAACCUUCACCCAGCUGUCAACCUCAGUUAGCGGGGGCGUUACUACUCCUUUGCCGAGGACUAACACCUUUCCACCUGUUUUGUUUUUGGCAUCUCAUGGGGUCGGGGGUAACGCCAGUGAUAGCUUGUUAGAAGGUAGCGUCAAGACAGACCCUUUGUCAUCUCAGGGAUCCCCUCUCUCCCCGACCUCUGGACCCCAGAAUCCCCUCCUGGGAGCUAGCAAAUCGCCUACCCUGACAUCAGUUCAGAGUUGUAACUUCAUGUCUCCAGACACCCGUCAAAGUAACAGUACACGAAACCCUCCAAGCUCCCCUGGGCCCAAGUCUGGCAAGAAGGUCCACUUCAUCAAGAACAUGAGGCAGUAUGAUACCCGCGGCAGCAGGAUUGUGCUGAUAUGUGCCAAGCGGUCUCUGUGUGCAGCUUUCUCUGUUCUACCGUAUGGAGAGAGCUAUGACUUCAGUGAUCCCAAGUUGGAGCCUCCGCGUCCGAGGAACAUGUCAGGGGUGGUCCCCGACACAGUGCCCGGGCUGGAGGGGGUGGAGCUGGGGGCGUUCGGCAAGACGGUGUCCUAUGCCCGCUUCCUGCUGCCCACGAACGCCCUGGUGAGACAGAAGAGUAGCGGCCCCCCUGACGCCAUAGCAACCCAGACCCCCAAGUCCUGCAGCCGGCCCAGCGUCCAGAAGGGGUUCACCCCCGCAUCACGCCUCAACAGCACAGGGCAGGACACAGGUGUGGAUGAGCUGCUGGACUACGACCCCAACCUACUGAGUGACCCCCAGUGGCCCUGUGGCAAGCACAAGAGGGUGCUCAUCUUCGCCUCAUACGUGACCACUAUAAUUGAGUAUGUGAAGCCCUCAGACCUGAAGAAGGACAUGAACGAGACCUUCAGAGAGAAAUUCCCCCACAUCAAGCUCACCCUCAGCAAGAUCAGAAGUCUGAAGCGUGAGAUGCGUGCAGUGAGCGAGGAGUGUGGUCUGCAGCCGGUCUCCGUGGCGAUGGCGUUCGUCUACUUUGAGAAGCUGGUGCUGCAGGGCCGCCUCAACAAGCACAACCGCAAACUGGUGUCAGCCGCCUGCGUCCUGCUGGCCGCCAAGAUCUCCAGCGACCUCAAGAAGCACGAAGUCAAGCAGCUCAUCGACAAACUGGAGGAGCGUUUCCGUAUCAAUCGUCGGGAGUUGAUUCCUCUGGAGUUCACAGUGCUGGUUGCCCUGGAGAUGGCUCUGUACCUGCCCGACAGUAAAGUCAUGCCCCACUACCGUCGCCUGGUGCAGCAGGUCUAGAGGUCACCGGCGGUGACGGUAGCCCUAGCGACGUUGAACUCAUGCCACACGAUUGCCAAUUGGUACAACCGAUCUACCAGAAACGGUCGUCGUAGCGACAGUAGAGUUAUGCCCCACUACCGUGGCUUGGUACAACAGGCCCAGGGAUCACCAGCGGUAACGAGUAACGGUAGUCUAACGACUAACGGUAGCAACAGCAGUCAUGUCACACACUACCCCCGUAUGCUACAGCGGGUCAAGAUCACCGCUGGCAACGGUGGCUAUGGACACUGGUAGUCGUGGCGAUGGAUCACCCAACGAGAAAACAAAACACCCGACCAUGAUUGUUCCUCUUCUGAAGUCGCAACUCUAUUGGACGUACACGAUUGUGCAGACGUUUUAAAUGGUUACUAUGGUAUCUACGGUAAUAGAUCUUCAAAAGUCACAAUCAAAAAAAAAAGUUGUAACAUGUCUUGACAUAUCGUCGUCAGUGAAUUUUACACAGUAAGACAUGUGCGCAUGAUGGCAAAUCAUUAAUCUUAAACAGCAGACUAUGUACAUGCACCAGAUGGGAUGAGAUGGGAUGAGAUGGGAUGGUUUUAUAUAUAUUUAGGAAAGGUCUCGUUUUGACGAUUUGUUUGAAUUGCACAAAAACUGCUUUUAAGACAGGUCUGUCCUGUAGGCGAAUGGAUGCCAUAGUUGUAGUGAAUUUGACUCGCUGAUCAGCGAUUGUGUGUGUGUGUGUGUGUGUGCAGGAAGCACACGGUCUACGUGGUCUCAGAUCAUGUGAGAGACUUGUGACUUAAACAGCUAGAAGACGAUUGUCUGAUCUGCUGUGACCUGCAGUAAUGUUUGGUCUGGCGCCCUUCGUGUUCACACUUGUACAUGUGUCACUAUGUUGUACUACAUGUGUAUGGUUGUGCAAUUGUGAAAUGCAUGUGUGAAGAAGUGUGGGUAUUUUAGGUGCGUGCGUGCUAGCCUCUCCUCAGGGGCGAAUGUGGCAUUCUGGUCCGUAGGCAGCCAAGCGUAUGCUCUAUGUUAGAGACGCCGUUUUAUUCGCACAUUCAUUGUGCCGGACGCUCUUCUUAUUUAACAGUAGCCCUCAUACAUUAUCGUGUCCCUUACCCCCCACCCCUUAUCGUUACACACUUUUGUAUUCACCAUGACAUUUCUCUUAGUUGCCAUUACCCCAUAUCACUCUUAUUGUUUUUAAAUAUUUUGUCCUUCUUCAAGAUCACCCUCUCAUCCCCAAUCUUUUACCGAAAGACAAAGUGUAAUACGAGAAUAGAAUGGAGGGCUUUUUGAAAUAUUUUGAAAUGUGUCUUUUUUUGUUUUUAAAUGUUUUAAGCCACAUCUAUAAGGGGUUUUUUUUACUUUUUUUUUUUACUUUUUUGACCCCCUCCUUGCUGUUGACAUAAUUUAUAUACUUAACUUUUUUACAUUAAUUAAAAAAAGAAUGGAAAAACAUCUUAUAUUUUUGCACAAGGAUAUCUUGUACCGUAGAGGGUCUCAGAAGGAAGUAACAAGUGAAACAAUCAGAACGUUCACGAUAAACUUGGUUAGAUUCAUGACUGUCACCGUUCAUAUUCUCACCAUCAGAGAAGCACCUGCGCAGCAAUGAAUUCACUUCUAGAGCUUUUGACGUCUUCUGAAUGUUUUUCCCCUGUGACUAGGCUGUGACUUUUAUUUAAAGUGUGUGUGUGUGUGUGUGUGUGUGUGUGCGCGCGUGUGUGUGUGUAUCUCCAGUGUGAACGGUUAACAUAACAGCACAGUGUUUCUCAGUGAACUCAACCUGGCCACACCUUUGUUUGAAGCACUGUCUGUCUGUCUGUGUUGUACUGGUUAUUUGUUGGAUAACCAUAUUUAAGGUUCCUCUUUAGUUUAGCUGAAAAGUGCACUGUGUAGAAUGACACAGUUUUUCUUAUUUGUUUUAGAUUCCUGAAUAUUUUAGAUGAUUAGUUAGUUCUGUGUACUGUUGCGGGUAAGUGAAUGAAGAUGAUCAUCUAUGAUUACUACGAUUGUCAGGAGCAGACCAUACGACCACUGUGUACCUUUUUUAUUUUGUUUCCAAAAAAUAUCUUGCACACAACAGCAAUCUUAGCUCCAUCCAUCCAGGUUUAUUCCUAUUUUUUCCAAGGUAUUUAUUUCUUCAGUUUGUUGUAUAUUCAUGGUACUGAGGCAUAUGUAUGAAAUGCUCGCCACCUGGUGGACACGGUCAGUAUGUCUCAUCACUUCUGAUAAAACUAUUGUCACCUGUUCUUAUGUCACAGUUGUAAUUGCUUUCUCAGGUACUUUCGUAAAAGUUGUAUUUAAGUCUAACUUAUUCUAUCUUGUGGCUGUUAUGCCCUUUGGACGUCAAGACUGUUUUGUUUUCUAGAAGGUGGAAAGAGGAUCUUGUGGAAGUGUUCUAAUGGUGUGUGUGUGUGUGUGUGUGUGUGUUUUGACUUAUCGUGUAUUUAUGCGUCUGUAUAUUUAUUGCCAAUCCGUCGUUUUCCCUCUCAAAGUGACAGCGUGUAAGUAAAACAUACACUGUGAGCAUUUUUCUGCCAUGAAAAGUGCCUAAGAAUCCAAUAUUUCAAAAAAGGCUGUCAAAAGCGUUGGCUGUCGUAAUGGUUAUUUAUGUUUACUUUAUUUCCUUCUUAUACGUACUUGCCUUCAGUUGCACCUAGUUCUGACAGUGUCGUGUUACAAUAUCGUCUUGUUGAAGAAACAUCUCUCAUUCUUGACCCAUGCAGUGUCCUGCAUUCUAGCUUGAAUGUUAUGUGUUAAGUGUGUGAAGGCGUGUUAAAAAGCUUUACUGUAUUCACAAGAUUGAAACACGAUGCUUGAAGCCUGUGGAAGUCUACCUUCGCAGGGAAUGUAACUGAACUCUUGGUUUCUUUCUGUUUGUGUGUUUACUGUGGCGUGUGUCCAAGUUUUCUACAGUAUGAAGGUCACCACACUGUAAAGACUAUUGUGGGGUUUUUAAUGGUACAAAGUGUGUGUUUACAUUGUGUUGCUGAAAAGCAUGGAGUGUGUCUGUGUGUGUAUGUGUAUGCGUAUGCGUAUGGUCCUGUUUUUGCCCCCUCAAUGUAUUUUUGAAAUCAUCUUGUUGAGUCCAAUCUGAUUGUGAGCAGUACUUUGUUGAAGUAGAACCAAUGGUUGGUGUGAAGACAUGAGUGAUUUUUUUUUUUUUUUUUUUGUAAUGUCACUCUUAUGAUUUUCAAAAAUAAAUUAUAUUUUCUGACUGUU